AUGUUCACUCCUCCUCGCAUUCCCGACGAGGUCUUGAAUAUGAUUUUCGAGCAUCGUGCCCUGGAGAAUUCAAAGGAUUUGCUUUGCGUUUGCAGCCUUGUCUGCAAGGCUUGGCUCCCUGUGGCGCGGUACCACCUCUUCAGAAAAGUUGUUCUCCAUCUCGAUAGCGACGGGAACACGACCUUCCUCGGCCUACUUCAGCAUCCACUAUGUUCCUUUACCGACUCUGUCCGCAAAGUACGGCUUUUACCCGCUCAGUCUACCCGAAUGUCUCAGCGCGUCAACACCGACUUGGCUGUUUUAAAUCGACUGACAAGGGUCAACGCGCUCUGCCUCCAUGACCAGAAAAUCAUUCCCCUCGACACGCUCCAAGUGAUCUCAACAGUUUUCAAGGAUAUAACCUCCUUGACCAUGAUGCUCCGCUUCAAACGGUCAGCGGACGGGAUCCAAUUCAUGAGCUCAUUUUCCCAGCUCGAAGAAGUCCACUUCGAACUUGUGAGAACACCCGUCGGAGACCCGCCUCCGAAUAACCUUUCUAUUCCACCAAAACUACGGAGUCUCCGCCUGAAUUCAAUCCGUGGACAUGAGUGCUGGUUUUCAGACCAUCGCCUACCUUCAAUGACCACACUAUCCCUGUAUCAUAUCCGGCCAUUGAACGACAUCCCUCGUUUAACUCAAAUGCUACAAACUUUCGGACGCAACCUACGCCAUUUGACUCUUCGUUUCGACGCUCAGAAAGGAGAUCUGCCACUCGAGGUAAACUUCAGUUACAACACCGAACUUCGAUACCUGGAAAUCGACCUGAGCGCAUUGACCAAGAAGCAUAUUUCACCAGUCCUCGCUACGCUCAACGCUUGCGAUCUCGAGAUGCUCGUCUGGCGUAACCGGAAGUCAUUUGACGAUUUCUCGAAGAAGUCUUGGGAGGAUUUGGAUGCAUUAGUCAGCGACCGUGAACGCUUCCGGGCUCUUGUUGCCUUCGAGAUACGAGCAUCCAACGAUUCCACGAAAUAUAACCCUCGAGCCCGGAUGCCGUUGUCAGAAGCUCGAGGAGUUUUGUCUGGGUCAACUGAGAUCUGA